AUGCCUUAUUUCAAAUACAAGGGGAUCCCAUUUUCUACAGAGUUUUUCUCAGAGGAAACACUCAGCUAUGUGGAAAAUGACUUCCAACUGUUGGAUGAUGAUAUAGUGAACGCCACUUACCCCAAACUCCUGUCUACCCACCUGCCAUUCCAGCUUUUCCCCAAGUCCUUCCUCCACUCCAAGGCCAAGGUAGUCUAUACUCUGCGUAACCCCAGAGAGACGAUGGUUUCAAGCUACCACUUCUUCAAAGGCUUUAAAGAAUUGAAGGACCCUGGAACUGUGGAAGAGUUUAUGGAGAGAUACCUGAGUGGGGAAAUUGAUUAUGGUUCCUGGUUUGAACAUGUGAAGGGGUGGGUGGAGAUGAAGGAGAACUACAGCAGAUGCCUCCUGGAUCCUGUGCUGGCUGAGGGGCAGGUGGAGACAGAGUGGCCUCUGCAUUGUGAUAGCAGCAAAUUCCACAUCCUCAGGGCAUCCAUCUUGCCCAAUGCACAUUGCAUACUGGACCUUCGAGGCAGCGUGCAGAAGAUCUGUCAUUUUCUUGGCAAGGAGCUGAACAGCCAACAAAUUGAGUCUGUGGUGGAAAACGCCUCCUUCCAGAAGAUGAAGGACAACAAGAUGUCCACCUCUUCCACAAUACCAGAGAACAUUUUUGACCAUACAAAAGCAAGACUCAUGAGGAAAGGGAUCUCUGGGGACUGGAAGAACCUCCUGACAGUGGCGCAGAGCGAACGCUUUGACCGUGUUUACUGGGAGAACAUGCGUGGUGUGAAUAUGACCUUCCCAUGGGACUGA